AUGGGUGAGCAAGAUCUUCCGCUCAAGAUCCAAUACCUGAAGCUCAAGCGCAUUAAUGAGCUGAACAAAAAACUGAAGGAAGAGCUUGUGAGGGAGAGGAUUACUGCAUCGAACGCCUGUUUGUCGAUUAUAGAUUAUGCUACGUCCCAUGAGGACUAUGCGCUGCCUGAGAUUUGGGGGUAUCCCGCGCCAGGCUCGAACCCGCACAGGGCCAACGCUCAGAAAAUACAUAAAAGUGCCCGCACAGGGUCUUCCAGCGACAACGGCUGCUGUGUAAUCGUGUAA